GUCAUAUCUAGCAAUACUCGCCAAACCAACAUCUCUAUGUAAGGGUAGGGCCACACAGACAACACUACAGUCAGUCAAGUACUCAAGCUAUCAAGAGACUAGUAGUUGACAGUGCUAUAUUAAUACGAUGAGUACAGCUACAGAAGAUCAAACCCGACCACAAGACUCAAUCACUGAGGUCACAUUACAACCAGCCUCAGGCAAUGGAGAACAAGCUAUUCAAGACCAGCCAACCUCCAUUAACAGUCACCAAAGGUUGACAAUAGAGGAGCCGAAGGCUGCCUCCAACAGAGUGGUUCGUCCCGUGUGUCAGAUAGCCAGGGCCCAGGCUCCUUGUCAAGCCUGCCUUAGACCCGCGAUGUGGGUGCCAGGACUACGCAACUUGCACAUGGCCAGAGAGACAUGGCUCAUCAAGAUGGAUCCUGCCCAGGCACUGGAUAAGCUGGUUGAUGGUGUGGAGGAUUACGAUAAGGCUGAGCUGAUGGAAGUGCAUAAGGUGGACAAGUCCAGAGGUUACGUUGAGAUCUUCCAAUUCACUCAAGGCUGCAACUGGCUGGAUGUAGUCGAGGUCCGCUUCUACACUGGAGAUGAGCCAGGGAUGACCAGAGCUGAGAGUGUGUCCUUCUCCUCUGGCCUGAUUCCAGCAUGGUGUCCACUCAGCUUCCUCUGCAACUGCUGCUGCUUCUUUGCUCCGUUCUCUGGCAACGGACAAAACACAAAGCGUCUUGAGGUGAUCAGGAAUGCUCUCGGCGUGGAAGUCACCGUUACUGCAGAGACAAAAUGCAACUGUUGCCCUUCUUAAAACUAACAAGAGAGAGUUUUUAAUGAACUAUUCUUUGUUUAUAUACGUACACAAUGUCAUUACAUGUACUGCACUGCAGCAAUGAAUCAACAAUCAUUA